GCCUUGAACUCACAAAGAUCUGCCUGCCUCUGCCUCCCAAGUGCUGGGAUUAAAGGCGUGCGCCAUCACCUCCCGGCAUGUCCUAUAUUCUUUAUCAGCCUGAGGCUCCAAGGAGGGCAAGGACUAGAUAUCAUUUGCUUAGUUGCCUUUUCCUUGACACACUCCUGGGUAUUUGGGGGACACUACCCUUAUGUCUCGAUUCCUUCUGACUUUUUGUCCCUGCACCAGAGAGCAGGGUACUCUCUCCAGGAGCUGUUCCACCUGACCCGUAGCCAGGUGUCCCAGCAGAGAGCACUGGCAUUGCAUGUGUUGUCCCAGAUCAUCGGCAGGGCCCAGGCUGGGGAGUUUGGAGACCGCCUUGUGGGCAGUAUCUUGCGCCUCCUCUUGGAUGCUGGUUUCCUCUUCCUGCUGCGCUUCUCUCUGGAUGACAGGGUAGACGGGGUCAUCGCAGCGGCUGUCCGGGCUCUUCGUGCCCUGCUAGUAGCUCCUGGAGAUGAGGAGCUCCUUGACAGCGCCUUCUCUUGGUAUCAUGGAGCUUCGGUGUUCCCUCUGAUGCCCAGCCAGGAGGACAAAGAGGAGGAAGGUGAGGAGGAGGAACCCACAACAGAAAAGGCAAAGAAGACCCCUGAGGAAGAAAGCCGUCCUCCACCCGACCUGGCCAGACAUGAUGUCAUCAAGGGGCUCCUGGCUACCAACCUGCUGCCUCGGCUGCGGUAUGUGCUGGAGGUGACCUGCCCAGGGCCCUCUGUGGUCCUUGACAUCCUGGCUGUGCUUACCCGCGUGGCCCGGCACUCCCUGGAGUCAGCUAUGAGGGUCCUGGAGUGUCCUCGGCUAAUAGACACCAUAGUUCAAGAGUUCCUGCCUACCAGUUGGUCCCCCAUGGGGGUGGGGCCUACUUCCAGUCUAUACAAAGUGCCCUGUGCCGCUGCCAUGAAACUGCUAAGAGUCCUGGCUUCAGCUGGGAGGAAUAUUGCUGCCCGGCUGUUGAGCAGCCUUGACUUCAGGAGCCGUCUGUGCCGAUUCAUAGCCGAAGCGCCUCAGGAGCUGGCCUUGCCCCCUGAGGAAGCGGAGACGCUGAGCACUGAAGCCCUCCGUCUGUGGGCCGUGGUCGCUUCCUACGGCCAGGGAGGUGACCUUUACAGGGAGCUGUACCCAGUGCUCAUGCGGGCCUUGCAGACACUGCCUACAGAGCUCAGUACCCAUCCCCCACGGCCACUGUCCAUGCAGCGGAUGGCCUCUCUGCUCACUCUGCUUACCCAGCUGACCCUGGCAGCUAGCAGCACACAUCCUGAAUCCACCAGUGGCCCUGCUGAGGCCUGUGUGCCCGCCAUCCCUUCUUCAGUCACCUGGACACAGGUAUCUGGACUUCAGCCACUGGUCGAGCCAUGCCUAAAGCAGGCCCUGAAGUGCCUGCCCAGACCUGAUGUCUGGACUGCCCUGGGCCCAGUGCCCAGCGCCUGCCUGCUGUUCCUGAGUGCCUACUAUCAGGCCUGGAGCCGGCAGGCGAGCUUGUGCCCAGAGGAUUGGCUUCAGGACAUGGAGCGCUUGUUGGACGAGCUCUUGCUACCGUUGCUGAAUCAGCCUUCUCUGGGCCGUCUGUGGGAUUCCUUGAGGCUCUGCUCGGCGCUCUGCAAUCCGCUGUCCUGUGCUCCUGCUCCUGAAGCGCUCCCCAGCCUGGUGUCGCUGGGCUGUGCAGGAGGUUGUCCCCCUCUCAGUGUGGCUGGCUCAGCCUCACCCUUCCCGUUCCUCACUGCUCUCCUCUCUCUUCUCAACACUCUUGUCCAGAUCCACAGGGGGCUUUGUGGACAGCUGGCUGCAGUGUUGACUACCCCAGGACUCCAGAACUACUUUCUCCAGUGUGUGGCUCCUGGGCCUGCCCCACAGCUCACACCCUGCUCUGCCUGGGCCCUGCGCCAUGAGUACCACCUGCAGUACCUGGUGCUCUCCUUGGCCCAAAAAGUGGCACCACUGCAGCCAGAGCCAGCCGCCAACCCUGCCCUCCACCAUGCUCUGGCCUUGGCCCUGCUGAGCCGGCUGCUGCCUGGAAGUGAACACCUCGCCCAAGAGCUGCUGCUGAGCUGUGUGUUCCGGCUGGAGUUCCUGCCUAAAGUGAAGAUGAGGCGAUUCAUCUUCGUCCCACCCGAGAAUGAUAAGACUUCACAAUGUGACUGUGGCUAAAAAAUGGAG